CUUCCUUCCAUCCACGUAAUUUAAGAAUGAUUCCAUUUCCCGACAUUUUGCCAAACCCAAUAGACCUAUCCAAAUCCUAACCAUGUCUCAUUUUGUUCCAUCGAGUGCCUCACCAGGCAAUUCAUUCUACAUUGACCCAGCCGUUGUUUCGUCUUUCAUGAGCGACAGCAGCCUCGUCAUAUCCCCCCAAGGCUUCGGCAACCCGUUCCCCAUCUACUCCGAACCUGCAUCAAACAUCUCAAACAAUACCCCGAUGCAAACUGAAGACAUGCUCCACCAAUCCAUGUCACCUUAUCUAAGCCAUCACUUUAGUCCAAGCUUUGCACAUGCUUUCCCUGUCCUUGAUGGAUCGAUUUCAGGCUACACCAGUUUUGGCUCGGGGAUCUACGAUCCAGGCGCUGCCAGUAAUAGUGUGAUCGACAAUCACCCCAGCACUCCUACCCAUGCUCAAGAGGAUGAGGAAUCGAGAGACGGCUCUGCAGUUGAUUCUCCGAUCUUCGAAUCUGGCACUGAACAGCAAGAUGGAGAAAGCUCUCCGAUACCAAUGCAAAUGGGAAGGCUGUACAUCCGAAAGGACAUUCAACCGCGACGCAGAACUGAUGCGACACAUAAAGAAUAUCCACGUACGACCUCGCGCGUAUACCUGCACCGUUUCUGGAUGUCGUAA